UUGAUUACCUCAAGCGUGCGUUUGAAAGUUGGAGAGUUCUGAUUAACGUAGCUCAAUUUUGUGUGGAAGAUCAAAUGGCCACAGUGCGGGAAAGGGCUGCUGCGUUAGAUCUUGCUAAGAAAUUGUACAGUCCUAUGCAUCUUCCUACCGAUCACCGGAUGGUCAGUAAGCCAUUCCAGUCCAGCGUCAUUUGGAGACAAAUUAUAAGCCACCUCCAAGCAGAGGUGAAGGUGAAGCGACGACGUCACUACUUGAAAUCUCACAGCAAUUGCUUCCUUGGUUCUGAUGCAGUGAACGUGAUACAUGGUUAUAUAAACCAGAACAAGAUUUUGGGGAACAUGGAGGUACCCAGGGCGAAAGUGGUACGUGUGUGCCAGGCCCUCCUGGACUGCAGGGUGUUUGAAGCAGUAGCGUCUAGAACGUUCGGUAAGGAGAGUAAGCUGCGUGUGUUUCAGGACAGUGAUGGCAGCUUGUACCGAUUCCUCAGCACGACACACAACAGCCCGUUGCUGUGCAGUGCUGAAAACACCCUUCUCUCCCCUGAUGAACAAAGAAAAGCGCACAGUCAGUCAUACAGGCAGGAUGACCUGCUGUUCUCCCACAGUACUCCAGUCAAAGGAGACCACAUUAUGGAUGUACUCCUGGAGGGGCUCGACCUUAGCCCCAGCUUUCUUCAGAUUGAGACAUUACCACCGUCAGUGGUCAGUAAGGUGUGGCAGGAGCAGACAGUUCAGCGGUUGCUGCAGCUGAUAGAGCUCCCCAUUUUAGAUGGACUUUUGGACUGCAAAGAAUAUCACCCUACACAGUCUGGUGUUCACAAUAAUGAGCCUGAUCUACUCUUCACUAGUAACUACCUGGAGAGAGAAAUACUGAAGGCUUUUAAGGAAUCGCAAAAAGAGGAGUGGCUCUCAGCAGCAUUAGACCUGCUGGACUUCCUCCCAGACCAGCAGGUGGUUGAGAUGAGCAGGGAGCUGCCUGCCUUCUUACCAGAGGAUGAGGAGGAGGAUGAAGAACAUGACCAAACCAAUUCUACAUGCAGUGAGCGGUGCAAAGCACUGCUGUUUGACAUUCUGGCUAAACACUAUGGACAGGCUAACCCGCAGCCUCUCCUCCCCACUCCCUUGAAUGACGUCUACACACAGAUUACUGAACUUCUUGUCAAUGGGAAGGCUGAGGCAGCUCUGGAGGUCCUGCAGCUCUGUUUGAAAUUGCUCCCUGCAGCCAGUAGAGAGGAGCUGUACAGGCUGUUGGGCUUCAUGUCACUGGCUGCAGAUCCACAACACAUCCGACUUCAUAAAGAGGUUGAGAAUCGGAUGAUGGUGAAAAAGACAUUUGGUAGAGCCAUAAUACAAAGCAAAAGUCUUCCUAAGGGCAAAGUGGACUUGCUACUGCUCUUCAUGCUGGACAACCAUGAGGACAUAUUCAAGAUUCCAGGAUCUUUGCACAAGCUGGUCAGUGACAAACUGGACAGCAUGUUGAAAAAGGACACCAACACGAAGGAUGCUGCAUUCUGUCAGCAAAUUUCAAGCAACUUGUAUAAAGAGACUGUUAAGGAAUUAACAAACAGUGAGUUGUUUGUGCUGCUUAGGAACAUCGAUGAAAACCCAAGUUACUCUAUGAAGGAGAAGAAUCGACUCUUGGCACAGUUUUACAAAGGCCAUCCUGACAUUUUUGCUCAGUAUUUUGGAUCUAGACUUUGCACAAUCAACUUGUUAGACGUGUAACCCUAUUUAUGUACUGAAAGGUGUGGUAUAUUAAAUAAAUUCAUUUUAUUUUUAAAAAGUAUGCAAUAAAUAAACAACUGUAUACCUAA